ACGCCACAGUCUUGUCUCAGCGCUUGGCACUAGAACACGGAUAAUUUCCAACGGAAGAACAGGAAGGCACCCAGAGCGGAAAAGGAUCCAUGUUUGCCGCAGCCGUGGGCUAUGGCUAUCUGCUGGUCUACUUGGUCUGCCUGAUCUGCUGGUCAGGCGAUGCCUAUCCGGCCAGCAACAGUUAUAGGGAUUUGGAUAUCUGCAAUCACUGGGAUGGCAGGAGGCACUUCCUGGAGCUGGGCUCCCCGGCCGGAGAGCUUCACGCCCGCAAUGUGAGCAACACCGCCUACAGGAGCUCCCCGCUGGGCUUCAAAAACGAUGCUGUGGCGGGUGAUGUGUGGUACCAGUGCAGCCUGGAGCUGGUUACCUGCGCCGAGUGCGUCAUCCGGGUCACUUUCACGUAUGCCAACUUCUCCAAGAGCUGCGGCAACACGGGCGGCAAGUCCAGCAUGUGUCCCUGCGAGCACAUCCAGUUCUCGGAACCGCCCUAUGACUCCACAAUCUCCGGACAAGAGUUCUGCGGGGAUGGAAAGGUCUUCCGCAGCAAAACCAGGACCCUGCAACUUAAGUUCUUCUACAGGGCCACCAAUUCCCAUGUCUUUUCGCUGCAAUACUUCUCAGAACGUAACGUGCGGAUAGUUAGUGGUUCUCCAAAGCAAUCCAUUGUGGGGAAUGGAAACACAAAGCACCUGCCGCAGGUUAUCUCCACUCCGUACUUUCCCAUGCCAUAUCCCCGGGACUACGGUAUCGAGCACAUCCUCACCUGCGAAGCUGACAAUUGCCAAGUGCGUCUGGACUUUACGGACUUCCAACUGGGUCUCGCCUCCACUCUGGAGAUAUUCGAUUCCAAUGGCCAGAUGUUGGACUCAUAUACGGGAGAACACUUCCGGCCGCCCAUCACAGUGAGCACCGGGAAGUCCUUGCUUCUUCAGUUCCGAGGAAAUGCAGCCACCGGAGUGGGUUUCCGGGCAGAAGUGAGCUUCGUUUCAUCCAAGCAGCUUAAGGAUGAGCGGCUGGUACCCUAUACGGAUUGUGGCGGAAUGGUAACUGGACCUGGUGGUGCCAUAACCAUGAUGAACAUGAUCGAAAAUGCCACCGAUGUACGGCUCUUCGACUGCAUCUGGAUCAUCAAGCCGGGCAACAACUACAUGAUGAUGAAGACCCACAUUUCCCUGCGGGUGGAGGACUUCUAUGGAAUGGCAGCACGCUCGGAACUAACCAUCCGCCAGGGCACCACCUCGGACGCCGUAGAAAUCGAAAACGUAAUGUGGCCCAACAAUGGCCUCAGCAAGGAGAGCCACAUAGCUCCCAUCCUAACAGGAUACUAUAUUCGGUUGAGGGGAGUGUUUGGGAUGUCCUCCAAACUGGCCAUCGUCUACAGCGUGUUCAACUAUUUGAAUUGCUACAUCGGCUCGGAGUUCCUGUGCGGGAACAACCACUGCAUCUCCAUCCGGCUGCACUGCGACGGCUUUGAUCAUUGCGGCGAUGGCAGCGACGAGCCGGACACCUGCGAAGAGGAUUGGGCCCACCUGCACCACGAUCGUCGCUGGUACUCCCACAAGCCAAACUACUACUUCCCCAAGAUGGACCAAUAUCCGGAUCUUAAGACGGCAACGGGUAUUUUCAUCAUAAGUACCUUGGGUAUCUUCGGAGUGCUCUCCGGUUGGAUGGUUAUCCUUUAUCGCAUGGGGGUGAGGGCACGUCACCAGAGGGAGCUCCAGAGCCACCUGCAGACUAUCAGCGAGCUGCUGGACCGACAGGACGAGGAUCGGACGCCCGACGAACCACCCAGCUAUGAAGCUCCGCCGGACUACGAGGAGGUUAUUAAGGUGGGAAUGCAGCAGGAGCUGCGGGAGCCUCGUCGCCAAAGACGUGGCCGUCGUCCGCCGCCCAGAGAUCGCAGUUGUAGUCGCGCGGCCAGUAACUGCACCAUGCAAUCCGUAUUGCCACUUCAUCGUAGCUGCAGCCUGGAAAGGGAUUCGGAACAGCCGAGUACGUCGGCAGCGGCGAUGACCCACGCGGUGGCCUCCACCGACACCACAGAGGACGCGAAGCAGCAGAGUCAGGCGAUGGCUCAGAGGAUGCUCAUGGCCACGGCUAUAUGUGAGUCCCAUUUGCAGGCGCUGCAAGCUCGUCUCUCGCGGCAGCAAAGGAGCCAGGGAUCCGCCACCAAUCCGUGGGGGUUUCAACGGGCCCAGCACCGGUAUCCGCUAGGGGUGAACUAUCCCCAACCGCUCAGCCAGCAGCCACGACGCCCGGGAGCACGGCGGAUGAGUCCACUCAGGGAGACGACGACUCCCUCAACAUUUCACUCACUAUAGGCCUGCCCUCCACCACGGUGGGGAGUCCCGUGACCACCACCCAGAAUCCGAACAUGAAUCUAAACCUGGAGCAGAUUGGCAGCAACUGCACAGAGCACACUUACCUGAAGCGAUCCUGGUUGGUGGUCCAGCAGAUGCCGCCUGGACGGUGUUACAGGGCGCAGCGUCUCCGUCACACUUUCUCCUCCCCGGAGGCAUUCUCGGCCGAUGAGCUUCACCUGCCCUAUCCGGAUUUCCUGAGCUACGGCACCAACCUUCCCCACGAACGGAGUAGCAGUAACUUUGGUUCGGAACUAUCGCGGGAUCCCUCCAGCUACAGCGUGGGGAAAAGAGCCCGCAUGAUCACCAGCGAAGCCAGUGGUUCGGAUACCAUAACCAAUGAUUCGGAGAACUCCAACAGAAUCCUCCAAACUCACACGACAGAGCUGACGACUUCCAAUCACAGCGAGAGCGAUAGCGAGGCAGAGCAGCAGGUAUCCUGCUUUGGAGCUCAACGACCAAAGAGACGCAACCAUGGUCAUGUGCGGAGCCGGUCCUUCAGCAACGCCAGGGCUGGGGGAAGUGCUGGGAGAAGGCGACUCAUCCAACGUAGCUCAUCUGCCGAUCUUCUAAUGAACUACGCCACCAUGGCGGUGUCCACGCCACAGAAGAGAGCUGAUGGAGCGCAGCGUUUGUUCUUCAUUUGAAGGAUUCGACGGAGAGGUGGAUAAUGGAACGAUAGUAUUACAGCCAGGUGUGAUUCUGGGAUCUGGUCACAGUUGUUAGGAACUGUUUAUGAUUUAAAUAUGAUUAUGUAACAAGCCGAAUGGAAAUAAAACUAAAUAUUUAGCAUUUUA